AUGAGCCGGGCCACAUCCCCCAGCCCAGCCACCCCGCGCGACAGCCCGAACCGCAGGUCAUUCGCCCCCCGGGGCAACCACAUUGUGACCGACGCCGUGGCCACAUACCGGGCCAAGCUCCAGGCUGAGCUCAAGGGAGGCAAAGAGCAAGGGCUGGCGGCCGGUGUCUCAAGCGAGGACCUGCUGAGCUUCAUUGCCGCCGAGCGCCUCAAGCGCAUGCCCGCGAGGGGCAGCCGCUGGGAUAAGAUUCUGAAGCAGGCAGAGGACUUUGCCAAGAAGCUGUCUCUCUUCGAGGUCACUGAUGACGGCUUUAUCCCCUCGUCCAAGGAGGCCUCCUCGUACGCAAUGUCGACCACAAGCGUCACUGUCGAUUUCAACCUGACCUUUGGUGGUCGCAUGGAGUCCUUUGUCGCCCACAAGGACCGUAUUGCUGAGUUGAUGUGGACAUGGCAGCUCGAGAACUCCUCCGAGAUUAGUGAUGUGCGUGUCUCCAUCGAGAGCAUCAGACAAUGGCUUCUUCCUCAGGACCGUAUGCUCCAGGCUCUGGUCACGGGCCGCCGCACCACUCGCACCCCCCGUGCCGAGUUCACCUGCGAGUGGCUUGAGCGUCCUCUUGUCGACUUUGCUCGCAGCAAGGACAAGGUUCUGACCAUUACAGCCGAGGCUGGUGCUGGCAAGAGUUAUCUCUUUGGCUGGAUCCUCGAGAGGCUCCAGCGUCGUGUCGGACACUACGACUACCAGGCCAUCCAGGCCUCUGUGGACAGCCAGGUGCCCGCCCAGGCUACCCAGAUUGCCCUCGUCAAGUCGCUGCUUCUGCAGCUGCUUGAGCAGAAUGUGGGCAACACCACGCUGUUCCGCUGCCUGGCCAACGUGACCGAGCUUGGCUCCAACACCAACAGUACCGAGGAUGCUGAGGAUGCCCUCUGGUACAGCCUGGACACUGCGCUCCAGGGACUCGAGAAUGUCGUUCUGGUCAUCGACGGCCUCGACUCUCUCGAGGGGGAUGACGCCGCCAAGCUCCACGCCUUUGAGCGUCUGUACGACAUCGCCAACAAGAACAAGCACAACAUUCGGGUCAUCAUCCUGACCCGGCCUUUCUCCAAGCCAUGGCCUAAGCCUACGCGCCAGGUUGCCAUGACUUCUCAGCGCACCGCUGCUGAUGUGAGGCACAUGGCCCGCGCCUGGUUGAUCCGCCGCAAUCUAGGCAACAAGCAGGAGAUCGACGAGGUCUCUGAGCAGAUUGUGCAGCGCAGCAGGGGUUCCCUCACCUGGACCGAUAUGGCCCUGCAGCUGUUGACCAAGGCCAAGAGCGUGACCGAGGUCACGGCUAACAUCAAGGAGCUGCCCAGCACCACCAACGAGCUGAUCGCCAAGCACGUCAAAAGCAUCCCCCUCGAGGGCGAUGCCCGUCUGAUUAUCAGCUGGCUGCUUACUGCCAAGCGGCCUCUGUCCACCGUUGAGAUUCAGACUCUUCUCGAGCUCGACACGCAGAAUGCCGCACACAAGCCUCGCUCGACGGACAUCGUCGACGAUAUCAAGAAGUCCUGUGGAUCUCUUGUUAUCAUUGAGGAUAAGACCGUGCGGUUCCGCAAUGAGGCCAUCCGCCUCCACCUGCUUGAGCUCAGCAAGAAGGAGACCAAGGAUGCUGAGAAUGUCAUCCUCUCCCCAGCUGAGGCUAACAAGGAUUUGACCGCCCGUCUGCUUCUGUACGUCAAGACUUGCGUUACUCGCAACGUCGACAGCAGCCUGGACAAGGUGCACACCCGCGAGGUGGACUCCCUGUUCAAGACCCACCCUCUUCUGGAGUACACCACUCGCAACUGGCUGUCGCACUUCAAGAAGUCCAGCUUCUACGUCAACGGCCAGAUCCAGCCGGCGCUUGUCACUGGUGAGCUGAAGGGUGUUUUCCCCAACUCCACUCUGCUCGCCCGCCUCGAGCAGAGGUGCUGGGACAAGCAGACCCUGGCAACUGAUACCAGCUCUUCCCACAUCCUGGCCUUGAAUGUUCGCGAGUCGGCUCUGGGCGAGAAUGCCCAGUCCGUGCUGCAGGGCUGCAUCAAUGUCGCUCAGUCACUGAAGAAGAUCUCCGCGCCUGCUGAGGCUAGCAAGUACUUCUACAGGGCAUCCAAGAUCGGACAGAACGUCCUCGGUCGCAAGAAUGACCUGGCUGUGUCCCUGGCUGUGGCUGCCCUCGACACGUCCGCCUCCGUCAAGGAGAAGGCCACCGCUCGUAAUGAGGCUGUUACCCAGCGCGAGGAGCUUCUCAAGUAUGUCAUUGAUACCGAGAAGCAGCGCGCUGGUGGGGCCAACAGCGCUGUCGCGUCCAAGUACACCAACGAGCUGGCGGAGCUGUACACCAGCAUCAAGGAGAACGAUAAGGCUGAGAAUGUCUAUCGUGAGGUCUACAAGACAUCCAUUGCGCAGAGCGGUCAAUUUUCUGCCGAGGCUACUAAGGCUGCUGAGAAGCUCCAGACUGUCCUGUACAAGGAGGCCAAGCACGAGGAGAUUGUCGUGUACCAGAAGCCCGUCUUUGAGACCGCGCAGAGGACCAUGGAGAUCUUUGAUAUUCGUCGCGUGGAGAUUACUCUGCGCAUGGCAGAUACCUACGAGAAGAAGAAGGACUUCUCCCACGCCGAGGAGCUGUACAUCACUCUGUGGCGGGGUCUGACCGAGUACUGCCGCAGCUCUGCUACCACCACGGCUACUGCUGCCACGAUUGCCGAGGCUCAUGAGCGCAAGAUCCAGAUCAGCAUCGCCUACGCCCGCUUCCUGCGCCGCCAGGGCCGCGUUGCUGAGGCUCAGAACAUCCUUCAUGGCGUCUGGCUCGACUACCAGCAGAUGACCGAGCACAAGUCUGAGGCUGUUGUCAAGCAGCUGAACGAGGUCGGCGAGGAGCUGAAGUCUAUGGGCAUCCUCGACACUGCCAUCGCCGUCUUCAAGUCUGUCUGGGGCUACUUCAAGGGCUCUGGUCAGCAGAACUCCGCCGCCGCUGUCGGCACUGCUGUUGCCCUCAUGGGCGCUGUCCAGGAGAAGACGGAGAAGAAGCAGGCUGAGGCUGUCAAGGCUAAGGAGGCCGCCGCUGCCAAGGAUGCCAAGGGCACAGUCAAGGCUAAGGAGGUCCAGGUUGUCACGAUUGAGAGCCAGAUUCAGACUUGCGAGACCUUGUCCAGCUUCUACGUCAGCAAGAAGAAGUGGACCGAGUGCAUCGAGGUCUGCUCUCAACUGCUCAAGCAGAUCUGGCCCGAACUCGGCAGCAACGCCAAGUAUGGUUUCCCCAAGGCUUACCGCGUCGAGGCCAUCAAGUUCACCCGCCGCCUUGCGCUGGCCUACGCCGAGUCCAACCAGACCGAGCAGGCUGAGAAGAUGUAUGCUGCUAUCUUUGAGGCAUCGCUGCGCUCUGGUCUGAAGAUCCAGGACGAGUUCGUAACUGAGUCUGCCGGCCAGGUCAUUGAAUACCACAAGAAGACGCAGCAGUGGAACAAGGUCCUCGCCGUGUACCAGCAGCUCCUUGAGGGGUACAGGACGUCCCUGGGAUCUCGCAAUGCGCUCACCAUCAGGACGCUCUACAUUAUGGGCGACCUGUGCGUUCAGUACCGCCUGAAGGGCGCCGACGCGUACUACCUUGAGCUGGUCAAGGCGGAUAAGACCGUGGACGGCGUCAUCAGCAAGGACACCCUCCCCGCAGCUCUUGCCCUGAGCAAGAUCUACUAUGAGCAGAAGCGCUGGACGGAACUUCGUCCCAUCUACGCCUCGCUCUGGCUCACCUUCACCAAGCGAGCCAAGGAGUACAACAUGUCCCAGGAGCUGGUGCAGGCCAUUUACAAGCGAUACAUUACGGUCCUCCAGACGCACCUCAAGGUGCCUAUCGAGGAGGUCCGCCAGGUUGCCCUUCAGUACCGCGAGACGUGCACCAAGGUCUACGGCCCUCAGGCCGACAUCACCAUGUCGGCAUCCAUGGCCCUGGUCGCCAUCUCUCGCAAGUGCCCCGACGUCCAGCACCAGCAGGAGGCCGUCAAGAUCUGCGAGGAGAUCAUUGUUACGUCAGAGAAGCAGAAGGCUGCUGCUGCGGCUGAAGGCGGCAAGGCCGUCGAUGUCAAGGUGUCCGGCUUCCAGUCUUCCCUCCUUGCCUCCGCCAAGCGUCAUCUGGCUGGCCUGUACAGCAAGCAGACCACAUCAGCCCAGAAGGCCGAGGCCCUCUGGAAGGAACAGCUCGAGAUCAACAAGAAGGAGCAUGGCGUUGCCCACAAGGCGACUCUGGCCAGCUUGGCUUCCCUUGUCGGCGUCUGGGCCCACUCCGAUAAGGCCGAGGUCCGCAAGCAGGCCCAGGAGAAGCUUGACACAUCUGUCGUCGAGGUCCUCUCCGAGUCCUGCGUCGCUGGCACGCCCAAUGUCGACUCGACCAAGCUGCACGAGAGUGGUGUCACUCUCGCCAAGACCUACCUGUCUUGUGGCUACUCUGCCCAGGCUUGGGCUUUGCUGAAGCAGCUGCGCUUCCACAUCGUUGCGCGUGGCAAGAUUGCUGGCGCGGCUGAGCUUGAGAAGACGCCUGGGAUCAAGCUGACCGACAACAUUGACCGUCGCUCGAUGGUCUUUAUUGCCGCGUUCGAGGAGACCCUCCGUACUUCUCAGGCCGAGACUGCCAAGCUGAGCACCGACAAGAAGGUCGUCAAGAUCACCUUCUCCGACAUCAUGACCGACCUGCUCACCGAGGGCAUCCUGUACGACCGCUACAGCUUGAGCAUGGCCAGCAAGGAGCUGUCGGUCGAGCAGAAGCUGUUCGAUGGCGCCCGUCUGUACGUCUUCCUCAAGAGCGAUGAGGAGCGCCACAUGGAGCAGCUCAUUUCUGUGGAGGAAUCGCUGUACAAGCUCUUCAUGGAGAAGUUUGGUGCCGCGAUCAAGACGGAGACACUUGUUACGCGCGCGUUCCUGAUUGCUAUCAUCAAGGAACUCGGCCAGCAGAACAUGCACGAGGACAACCUCGUUUACAUUUCCUGCACCGCCAUUACCUCGAGGGUUUACGCUCUUCUCCUGGCAGAUGGCUAUGCUCAGGCUGUCGAUCUGGCCACCGCGUGGUACCAGUUCAUGGUCCACCAGAACGGCUUCAAGAACCCCCAGACCAUUCCCUUCGCCUUCAAGCUGUCGCUGUACCUUGCCGGCCUCGGUGUCAAGUCUAACAAGGCCGCCGAUGCCGUCAUGCAGGGUCGCAUGCUGGAGCUUUCCAAGACCAUCCUCCGCGAGACUCUUACUGCCUGCAAGUCGAUGAACAUUGAUCUUGUGCAGCUCCAGGCAUCCGAGCUCAACAGUCUGGUGCGCCUCAUGGGCCAGCAGAAGAACUACGAGGAUCUCGAGUGGCUCCUUACCCAGCUCUGGCACUCCCGUAUCAUCCAGUCUUCCUGGUCGCCCGUCACCGUCAUUGCGCUCGGCCGCCGCCUCAUCGAGGUUCUCUUCAUCCGUGGCAAGCGUGACAAUGCCAUCUCCCUGGCCGAGUCGAUUGCGUACAACCUGCGCCGCACCUGGGGUCUGCUGGACGCCGCCACUGUGGACAUGAACAACCUCCUGUCUGCUCUGUGCGUCGCCGAUCAGCGCUACUCUGAUGCCCUUGACGUCCACGAGGAGAUCCUGCGUGCCCUGCUCGACCUGAACAUGUCGGGCGACAACAACAACGACGACGACGACGCCGCAAGCGAGCUCCUGGACUUUGACGAGGAGAACGCCGCCGCCCUGGCCCUUCAGCAGCUUGAGCUUGUCCGCCGCGUGUACGCGCGCAAUGCUGGAUGGCCCGAGUCUGAGGACCUCGACAUGCACGAGCUCAUUGGCGAUGUUGUCGCCGAGUUUGCACCCAUGGCUGCUGACACAUACGCGGCCUUUGGUGAUGGCGACUCGACCAAGUGGAGCAAGACGGCGCCACCGGCCAACGACACGACGGGCACGUUCAUCGCGCCUCAGGUCUGGGAGUUCUCGCUCUCGGAUGAGACCAAGCCUGGCCAGCCCGCGCUCAAGAAGAGGCCCAGCCACAUGCUGCGCAGCCUGCAGCUGAGCCGGCAGCGAAGCUACGGUGACCUGUCCGAGGCCAGGAAGAGACUGGGCGAUGCGAGUGAUUCCAAGAUCGGCAGUGCCAGCAGUACUUUUCUUGCCACGCCCGUUCUUCACUAAGAGUAUCAGGAGAUGGAUGUGGGGUCGGCUCGAUGGUCAGGAGAGGGGAAAGGGGAUUUUCAUGCCUCUUCCUGUCGUCAUGAGCAAAGAAGAGAAAAAGAUUGACGCGAAAAGGGAUGGGCGCAGGGAAGUUCUGGAGCUCUUGCUUGGUCAAGGCGAGGAUAAUGGACAAGAUGACAUCUUCGUGGCGAUGAUGUGGUGGGGUGCCGUAUCGGUUUUGGUGGUGGUUUGCUGGGUCAAAAGGAUCGACGUGAUUAGGGGUGUAUUAUGACUGUAAGUUACGAUUUGGUCAUUUGGAAACGGGUAAUCAUUUGCUGGAUGGGGAUCUGGGGUUGAAAAGGAUCUGAUUUUUGUGUGUCUUUCCUUAGUCUAGUAAGUUUUGAUGUUAUGUUUUCAU